GAAAAUAUAAAAUUGAAGGGUUAGAAAAGGAGUAGAGGAGAGAAGAAUGCUCAGUACUAUUGAAAGGAUUAAGAAGAAGGCGAAUCUUUUGAUGGUAGAUCUGUCUUUUUCUCAAAAUGAGAAAUUUAGAAAUAUGUUUCGAUUACCAGAGGAAGAACAAUUGCAGUAUGAGUUAGUAGGAGAAAUAUCAGUUCUUGAUACGGGGAAUAAAAAUAAGUAUCAAGGGAAGAUAUAUGGAUCAACAUCAUAUCUUUGUUUUAUGAGCAAAGAUAAGAAAUCAUGUAGUUUUGCGUUUCCUUUUUCUACAAUUAGGAAACUUGAAAGAAUAAGAACGGAAGACUAUAUAUUGAUUUUGACGAUUUUUACAUGGCAUAUGAUGAAGGUUGUUAUUUCAUUUGCAGGAAUUCAUCAUAGUUCAGAAGCAUUUUGUAACUACCUUAAAGAAAGAUUGAAAUCGAGUAUAAUUUCUAUAAAAACGCUUAAACCAUUUCUUUUAUCAUGUUUUUCUGAACACAUGCUUAUGGAUAAAAAAAUGCAUCAAAAUUCUCCAUUAUUUACAGGACUUGGAUCUAAUCCCAACUUUGGAUACCCAGGAAACCAUAAAAAGCAUAGAGAUGCGAAUAAAAUGCGCCUUUGGAAAGAAUACUUGCAAUUAUAUGGUAGAAAUUUAACACUUAUACGUUUUCCAGAUUUUUAUAAACUUAUUCAAAUUGGCUUGCCGAAUCACCUUAGAGGAGAAAUAUGGGAGCUAUGUUCAGGGAGUAUGUUAAUGAGAUGGCUUCAUGUCAACGAAUACGAAAAGCUACAGGAAAAAUAUCAAGGACAAACGAAUCCUAGUAUGGAAGAGAUAGAAAAAGAUUUAAAUAGAAGUCUUCCCGAGUAUCCUGCUUAUCAAACGGAUGAAGGAAAAGAUGCUUUACGUAGAGUUCUUACAACAUAUUCCUGGAAAAAUCCAGAAUUGGGAUAUUGCCAAGCAAUGAAUAUUAUAGUUGCUACACUUUUAAUUUAUACUACAGAGGAACAGGCUUAUUGGCUCCUAAAUGCACUCUGUGACAAAUUAUUACCAGGAUAUUAUAGUACAACUAUGUAUGGAACAUUAUUGGAUCAGCGUGUUUUUGAAUCGCUUCUGGAAAAAACUAUGCCUAUUUUAUGGGCGCAUUUUUCAAAGUCAAACGUUCAACUUAGUUUAAUAAGUUUACCUUGGUUUCUUUCUUUAUAUAUAAAUUGUAUACCUUUACCUUUCGUACUUCGUAUUUUAGAUUGUUUUUUUCUUGAGGGUCCAAAAAUAUUAUUUCAGAUUGGUUUAGCCAUUCUUAGAUUAAAUGGGGAAAAACUUUUAACUGUCAAUGAUGAUGGUUCAUUUAUUUCUAUCUUAAAAAAAUAUUUUCAUACUUUAGACAAAUCUGCAUAUCCUAAUUCGUCAAAUCUAAAGUAUAAAAAUAUCAUACGUUUUCAAGAAUUGAUGAUAUGUGCAUUAAAAGAAUUUAAUAUUAUAACAGUAGAAUUAAUUAACAAACAACGACAAAAGUAUAAAAAUGAAGUAUUAAAUAAUAUUGAAGGGUUUGCAAAAAGAACCCAGUUACGAAACUUGCAUAGCACUGGACAUUUAACCUCAACCGAGAUUAGCAUCAUUUAUGAUAGAUUUUAUUUUGCAUUGUUUCAAAGAAGAAUUGGUCUGGGCCCCGCAAAGGCAUAUAUGGAUUAUAAUGCAUUUAAAAUAUUUAUAUCUGGAAUUACCAAUUGGCCACAAAAAGACAAAGUAGUCGAUUUAUCAGAUACGGAAAAACACGGUAUGGCAGAAUCUAAUCAUGUUUAUGAAACUUUUAUAAAAUCUUUAUUUUUAAAAUGGGACAAAUCUUCAUCAGGACAAGCAAAUUUACAAGAUAUUAUAUCAGGGAUUGCAGAAUUCAAAUUUCUUGAUUUAAUGCAUGCAAUAGCGUAUUUUUUUGAAUUAUAUGAUUCAGAUAAUGAUGGGAGAAUAACGAAAGAUGAAAUUUUAAAAAUGAGUGAAUGUUUUUUGUUUUUUAUGCAAAAAGAAAAUGAUGACACUUAUUUAAAAAGCAUUAGUAAUUUUAUAAAGAAUUGUUAUGAAUACGCAGAAAAAAAUGACAUGUCUAUUGAAAAUACUUUAAUGCUUAAUUCAAGUAAAUCAGAUGCUUCUAAUAAUUCGGAGUUAAAUCCUACGGAAAAAUUAUAUAUUACUCUUCCAAUAUUUAGGAUGGUAAUACUAGUUGAUGAAUUAUUGGAAAGUUUCUUCGCUGUUAAAUUUUCUUCUUUAUUAAUAAUAACUCAAAUGAAUAAAAAUGAUAUCAAGUCAAGUAGUAUUCGUAGUCUAAUUGAUUCUCUUAUAAUAGAUGGUAUGCGGGUAGCUAAUGAAGUAAAAAAAUGCAUGGAAGAUGCUCAAAAAGAGUUAGACGAUGAUAUAAGAUUUUAUAACUCUCAUUUAUUAUCUCACCAGAAAAAAGGGUAGAUGUAGAAACAUUCAAGGCAAAAGAUCCAUUAUAAUAUUUAAUU